CUGUUCAGUGCUCAGUACGCUUCGUUUCACCGACUGGCUGAUAAAGUUGAUAUUUUCUACAUUUGCAUUUUAUUUACCACCUUCCUCGUCAAAAUUGCGUGCUGCUAAGGAUCCGACCGUACAGGAUGAUCGGCGAACUGCGUGCAUCGCAUCCGGACUCUUCGUCCACGACCUCGUGCUCUUCAACGGCGUCGUCCUCGAACGUGGCCCUGCAGCCGAAACGAUGCAUCAGCUACUUGACGAUGCAAACGCUGCACGAUAUGCGACUGAGCGAAACGCUUUGCGAUGCGUCCAUCGUGCUGCCGGACAAUGGACACGAAUUUCGAAUACACCGUGUCAUCGUGGGCUCGUGCAGUGAAUACUUCCGCAUCCUGUUUACAACGUCCGUACCGAGCGAGAAGUACCACGUGGAGAUCCCGGGUAUACCGGGUUCGAUAAUGGAACAAAUCAUCCGAUACGCCUACCUGCGCGAGUGCGAACUCACCGAGGACACCGUGUUCGAUGUGUAUGCUGCGGCCGACUUUUUGCUCAUGUACUGCCUUACGGAGCAUUGCUCCGUAUACAUACUGGACCGGUUACGUUUGGAUAACUGUGUAACUAUUAUGCUGUUCGGCAGACAAAGGGCCUCAAAAACGCUUUACGAAAAGGCAAGAAUGUUUAUUCUGAAAAACUUCCCCCUGCUGGCCCAAACAGCUACCAGUGAAAACGAACUACUGCAGCUAGAGGUGGACGACGUCUGCCAACUGCUCGCAGACGAUAUGCUGAACGUGCGCGAAGAGGACACGGCGUGGGAGUUUGUGCUGCGAUGGAUCGAUCAUGAUCCGACGAAACGCGGCAAACACAUCCACAGGCUGAUGAAAACGGUUCGCUUCGGGCUGCUAAACACGGAGUACUUCCUAGAUAAAGUGAAAGAGAACCAGUAUGUACUGGCGAGCGAGGACACAAAGCCGUUGGUCAUUGAAGCCCUGACGUUCCUGUACGAUUUGGAAAUGAUAAGCACCAAAGCUAUGAAAGAGAUGAAAACUCCUGCUAUCGCUACGCCACGGUUACCUCACGAAGUCAUCUUCACUGUCGGCGGGUGGGGCGAAGGUCAAUCACAAUCCAUCAUCGAAACUUAUGACACGCGGGCAGAUCGUUGGAUAAAGAUACCGACCGAGGAUCCGGCCGGUCCGCGGGCAUACUACGGUGCGGCUUACAUCGGUCGCCAUCUCUACUUUGUCGGUGGCUACGAUGGGGUGGAACACUUCAACACCUGUCGCCGUUUCGAUAUGGUCCAGAAGGACUGGCAAGAGAUUGCCCCGAUGCACUGCAAACGGUGUUACGUUAGUGUGGUCGCUCUCGAUGGUAAGAUCUACGCGAUGGGAGGCUACAAUGGUUCGAAUCGGCACAACUCCGUCGAGCGGUACGAUCCACAGACGAACCAAUGGACGCUGAUCGCCCCGAUGGGGUCCUUACGCUCGGACGCAGACGCCUGCACCCUGAACGGCAUGAUCUACAUAGCGGGCGGAUUUAACGGGCACGAGUGUCUGAACACGGCCGAAAUGUACGAUCCUCACACGAACAGUUGGUCCCCACUGCCCCCGAUGCUGCACCGCCGUUCGGGCGUGUCCUGUGCCGCACUCGGUGACUCGGUGUACGUGGUCGGCGGCUUUAAUGGGCUGAUCCGGUUGAACAGCUGCGAGCGGUACGAUCCUACGACGCGGCGCUGGACCGCCUGCAAGGAGAUGUACCAUCAGCGGAGCAACUUUGGGCUGGAAGUUAUCGACGACAUGCUGUUCGCGAUCGGCGGGUACGAUGGGGUGAGCGCGAUCGCGUACGUCGAAUGCUACAGCCCGGACGCCAACGAGUGGCUCGAGGCCACGGACCUGAGCAUGAUGCGUUCGGCCUUCCGGGCGGUCACCGUUUCCGGCCUGCCGAACAUCCAGGACUAUGUGCACUCGAACAAGGAAAACCUUAUCAACGAGCUGAACCAGCACCGACACGGCAUGCGCAACGCGAGCAACGUGGUGGUGGCAUCAACGUCCGCAAGCGACAUCGAGGAUGAGCUUGACUAGGACCGGACCAGUUUGCUCACGGGCGACGUUGUUGCAGAGCACAAAGCGUAGAGGGAGGGUCGUGCGUGG